GUUAGCCGGAACAGAGAGGAGACGUCCACGCAGAGAGGAGGCAGUGAGCAACAGAGCGAGAGCGCGGCGCCUUCCACCCCGGCACCAUGGCUGGAAUAAUCAAGAAACAGAUCCUGAAGCACCUCUCCAGCGUUCCCUGCUGGCUGUGGUGGAGCUUGGUGCCCUCUGAAUUGCAUAAUCACCCAAAUGAGUACCAGAGGAGUCUAAGAAACCCUGACAGCUGACUACUUGCUUUCACCAGGAAUUAGGGACCUUUUGUCUGAAUUUCCUGCCCUCAGAUUUACCAAGAAUUUGUCUCCUGACAAGAUAAAUCUAAGUACUCUUAAAGGAGAGGGUGAACUGAAGAAUUUAGAAUUGGAUGAAGAGGUGCUCCAGAAUAUGUUGGAUUUGCCAACAUGGCUUGCUAUCAACAAAGUUUUUUGUAAUAAAGCAUCCAUUAGGAUACCAUGGACAAAAUUGAAAACACAUCCCAUCUGUUUGUCCCUAGAUAAAGUAAUAAUGGAAAUGAGUACAUGUGAAGAACCACGUGCCCCUAAUGGCCCAUCACCAAUUGCAACUGCUUCAGGACAAAGUGAAUAUGGCUUUGCUGAAAAAGUAGUUGAGGGGAUUACUGUUUCUGUAAGUUCCAUUGUCAUCAGAAUCGGAGCAAAAGCCUUCAAUGCAUCCUUUGAACUUUCUCAGCUACGGAUCUAUAGUGUGAAUGCCAACUGGGAACAUGGAGAUUUAAGAUUUACUCGUAUUCAGGAUCCACAGAGAGGAGAGGUUUUGACAUUUAAAGAAAUAAAUUGGCAGAUGAUACGAAUAGAGGCAGAUGCUACCCAAAGUUCCCAUCUUGAAAUUAUGUGCGCUCCUGUUCGAUUAAUAACCAACCAAUCAAAAAUCAGAGUCACACUUAAAAGAAGAUUAAAGGACUGCAAUGUUAUAGCAACAAAGUUAAUUCUGAUAUUGGAUGACUUAUUAUGGGUUUUAACGGAUUCUCAGUUAAAGGCUAUGGUACAAUAUGCAAAAUCUCUCAGUGAAGCAAUAGAAAAAUCAACAGAACAAAGGAAGAGUAUGGCUCCUGAACCUACACAGAGCUCUACAGUAGCCCCAUCUACCCAGCAAGUGAAGACACCACAGACGUCAAAUGCUCCUGAUCUAAAUGAUGCAAUUGUGAGACUGUUUAAUGAGUUUGAUGUUAAAGAAACUUCUCAUCAUUUAGUGAUUUCUCAUUUGGAUCUACACAUAUGUGAUGACAUUCAUGCUAAAGAGAAAGAGUCAAACAGACGUAUUACUGGAGGGGCUAUGCAACUGUCUUUUACACAGCUGACUAUAGAUUAUUAUCCCUAUCAUAAAGCAGGAGAUAGUUGUAAUCAUUGGAUGUAUUUUAGUGAUGCAACCAAAACAAAGAAUGGAUGGGCCAACGAGUUGUUACAUGAAUUUGAGUGCAACGUUGAAAUGCUUAAACAGGCUGUGAAAGAUCAUAAUGUAGGUUCACCUCCUAAAUCCCCAACACAUGCCUCUCCCCAGCACACACAAACAGAGAAGGAUUCUACCCAGAAAGGGACUUCAAAAACACCUUCAGUAUUAUCUCAACAUUCAAAAGCUAAGCUAAUGUCUAGUUCUGUUGUGGUUAGACUUGCAGAUUUCAAUAUAUACCAGGUGUCUACAGCAGAACAAUAUCGUUCUUCCCCCAAAAGUAUGAUUUCCUGCAAUAAAAAAUCCCUGUAUCUUCCACAAGAUAUGUCAGCUAUUUAUAUAGAAUUUACAGAAUAUUACUACCCAGAUGGAAAGGAUUUUCCAAUUCCAUCUCCUAACCUUUAUAGCCAGCUGAAUGCACUACAAUUUACUCUGGAUCAAAGAAGCAUUCUAUGGUUAAAUCAAUUUCUUUUGGAUUUAAAACAGAGUCUUAAUCAAUUCAUGGCUGUGUACAAGUUGAAUGACAAUUCAAAAUCUGAUGAGCAUGUUGAUAUUCGCAUUGAUGGCUUGAUGCUAAAGUGUGUGAUUCCUUCUGAAAUGAAAUCUGAAUGUCAUCAAGAUCAGCCACAUGCAAUUUCUAUUCAGAGUUCUGAAAUGACUGCCACAAAUACAAGGCAGUGUCCAAACUGUCGACAUUCUGAUCUAGAAGCUUUGUUUCAAGACUUCAAAGAUUGUGAUUUUUUUAGUAAAACAUAUACCAGCUUUCCCAAAUCUUGUGACAGUUUCAACCUUCUGCAUCCCAUCUUCCAGAGACAUGCUCAUGAACAAGAUACCAAAAUGCAUGAAGUUUAUAAGGGAAAUAUUACUCCUAAAUUGAAUAAGCACACUCUUAAAACUUCUGCUGCUACUGAUGUUUGGGCUGUUCACUUUUCCCAAUUUUGGAUAGACUAUGAAGGGAUGAAAAGUGGAAAAGGACGACCAGUAAGUUUUGUAGAUGCCUUUCCUCUUUCCAUCUGGAUUUGUCAACCAACAAGGUAUACAGAGUCACAAAAAGAGCUGCAGACUUGUAGUCAGGUAUCCCUAAAUACAUCACAAAGUGAAUCUAGUGAUCUGACUGGCCGAUUGAAGCGGAAAAAGCUCUUGAAGGAGUAUUAUAGUACAGAAUCCGAGCCAUUGACAGCCGAUGGCCAGAAGACACCUUUAUCAGAUUCGUUUUUAAGAUGUUCCUCUUCACCAUCGGAUGCAGAUAUUCAUGUCCUGGUUCACGUUCUUAAACAUGUCAGUAUGCAGAUCAAUCACUACCAGUACCUGUUCCUACUUUUCCUUCAUGAGUCACUUAUUCUGCUUUCAGAAAACUUAAGGAAAGACGUAGAAGCUGUGACUGGCAGUCCUGCUAGUCAGAUGUCUGUGUGCGUUGGAAUUUUACUGAGAAGUGCAGAACUGGCUCUUUUGCUGCAUCCAGUGGACCAGGCAACUACUAUGAAGUCUCCUGUUUCUGAAAGUGUGAGCCCGAUGGUUCCAGAUUAUUUGCCUACAGAAAAUGGAGAAUUUUUGUCUUCAAAAAGAAAACAACUUAGUAGUGGUAUAAAUCGAAUUAGAAGUGUAGCUGUUAAUCAUAUGUCAGACAGCAGGUCUUUGAGUGUUGAUCUUAGCCACGUCCCUUUAAAAGAUCCUUUGCUUUUUAAGUCAGCUAGUGAUACAAAUCUGCAAAAGGGUAUUUCUUUCCUGGACUAUUUAUCAGAUAAACAUUUAGGAAAAAUAAGUGAAGAUGAAAGUAGUGGACUUGUUUGCAAAAGCGGCUCAGGAGAACUUGGAUCAGAAAUAAGCCAUAAAAGGGAUUCCUCUUCUGCAGAUUCGAAUAGUGUCAUAAAUUACAGAGAAGAUUCAAAUAUGCCGUCAUUUGAUAAUGAUGGUAAUCAAAACAUGCUUUCAAAUAGUGUAAUUGGUAAAGGAAAUGAAAAUGUAGAGUCAAUUUUUAAAGCUGAAGAUUUGCUUCCAGAAGCAGCUUCAUUCUCUGAGAACCUAGAAAUCAGUAAAGAAGAGACAACCACAGCUAGAACACUUAAAUCACAGUCAUUUUUAAGCGGAAAGCCUAAAGAACGCUGCCCAUCCAACCUGGCUCCACUCUGUGUUUCUUAUAAGAAUAUGAAAAGAAGCUCCUCACAACUCUCACUGGAUACCAUUUCACUUGACAGUAUGAUACUGGAAGAACAGUUGUUAGAAAGUGAUGGAAGUGAUAGCCAUAUAUUUUUGGAAAAAGGAAUUAAAAAGAUUUCAAGUACAGAUCACCAGAGCCCAGGAGAGAGUGUGAACGCUAGUGCAAACCUACAGAAUUAUGGUGAAACCUCUCCAGAUGCCAUUAGUACAAAUUCAGAGGGGGCUCAAGAAAACCACGAUGACCUGAUGUCAGUUGUGGUGUUUAAAAUUACUGGUGUUAAUGGAGAAAUUGACAUCCGAGGAGAAGAUACAGAAAUUUGUCUUCAAGUGAACCAGGUGAUACCAGAUCAGUUAGGCAAUAUCAGUCUUCGGCAGUACCUUGGUAAUCGUCCAAUUGGUUCAGAUCUGAAGGCUGUAACUCAUUCCAAAGCCUCUCCUGAGAUUUCUCUGAGAUUUGAAAGUGGGCCUGGUGCUGUAAUACACUCUUUGCUUGCUGAAAAAAAUGGAUUUCUGCAAUGCCAUAUAGAAAACUUUAGCACUGAGUUUCUUACAUCUUCUCUAAUGAAUAUUCAACAUUUUUUGGAAGAUGAAGCUGUUGCAACAGUAAUGCCAAUGAAGAUACAAGUUUCUAACACAAAAAUCAAUUUAAAAGAUGACAGUCCUCGAAGUAGUACAGUAUCCGUUGAACCACCUCCUAUAACUGUACAUAUAGAUCAUCUAAUUAUAGAGAGGAAUGAUGAUGGCUCUUUUCAUAUCAAAGAUUCUCAUAUGCUUAACACUGGAAAUAUUUUGAAAGAAAAUAUCAACAGUGAUUCAGUGCUGCCGACCAGUGGAAAAUAUGAUCUGAAGAAACAGCAUAGUGUCACUCAAGCCACUCAGACAAGUCCAGAGGUUCCUUGGCCUUCUCAGUCAGUUAACUGUCCUGAGUACUCCUUUGACUUUACUAGGCAACAGCUCAUAGAAGAGAAUGAAUCUCUUAAGCAGGAACUGGCUAAAGCUAAAAUGGCUCUUGCAGAGGCUCACUUGGAAAAAGAUGCUCUUCUUCAUCAUAUAAAGAAGAUGACAGCUGAAUAGCAGGAGUGACAGUGAAAACUCAAAUUACAGUUUUGGAGUUAAGAAGGUUAUAGUUAUAUUGCGAAUGUUGCAAAUUGACUUUCCUUUCCAUGAAAAGACAAUAAAAUGAGAUGGAAUGUGGUGAAGUGGUGACUAUUCCAAAGCCAGCUUAGAAAGUAUUAGGUACAUACAUUACAAUCUUUUGGUUGUUUUGUAUUUUGGGGUUUAUCUCUCUUUUAAACUAGUGUGGUCUAGGGAAGUCGGUACAUACUGUAAAAUAAUUACAUGCCUAAUGAAAAGAUGUCAUUUCCUAAUUUUGAUAUCUCAUUAUAGGCAUUUUUAAAAAUUAAAACCAAAUGUGUUCACACAGAUAACUGAAUUUAUUUCUAUUUGUUAAUAAUUUACUAUUAUUUACAAAGAUUCAAAUGCUUUAGGGCUAAUGUAAAAUAAAAGGAGGCUUAUAUUUUAAAUGUUAUUAAAAUUAUGUACUUAAAUCUAUAAUUAUUUAAUUACUGUGGAAAGUCCAAUCAAACAAAUAAAUUAUAUAAUUAAUGUGUUUGAAAACUGGAAAACCAUCCUACUGAACUUAACAAAAUAAUUUGAAAAUGUGAAAAAAAAUUUUAAAUGAUGGAUGAAUCAUGUAAGUUGGGGCAAUAAUUUUCCAGAAAAAGAUGGUACAGUGUAAAAAUAAAAAGCACAAACUGUAAAAAAGCAAAAUAUUAGAGUAUAUGGCCAAGUGAUUUAAAAACAAUACUUGUACAUUCCUUUAAAUGUUUAUUGUUAAAAGUAAAAGAAUAAUUUAACUAUCCUGCUAAAUUUGGCAGCAUUUAUAUCUAUAAAGUUUUUAAUUGAUACUCUUUAUAUUAUUUCUUUACCUUCAUCUUUCCUCUUUAACUUGAGGAAUGUUUCCAGAGAAUUUUCUUUUCACAUACAUAAAACAAUUUCAUACCAAUCUUAUAGUAUAUUAGAUGGAUGUUUGCACAUACUAAAUUUAUAAAACUAGUUUUGAUUGAAGUUCUAUGUGACAUAAAUAAUCUUCUAUAAUAAUAGUCAUUAGUAAAUUUUGAAUUCUAUUUUCUAGGGAUUAAGGUUGAAAUCAACAUGAGAGAGAAUCUCAGUCAUGCAGUAUGAAGUGAACGUUCAUGAGUAUUUGAGAAACAGGCUUUUAAAGAGACUUAAAAUGAAUUUCUGAUAGAGUUAAAUUAAGUGGUAUCUAUUUUAAAAUUUACAUUCUUAAACAUAAGUAUAUACAAGAGAGAAUGUGAAACAGUGGGACUACUCUUUCUUUUUGAUACUUGAAUUUUCCAAACCAUUUUGCAACACUUUAUGGUGCUUUGUUUGGCCUGACAUCCAUCCAUCCCUAUACUAUAUAUCUGAGUGUGUGGGGAAAAAUACAUCAUUUCAUUUACAUGAAGUGUUGGAGUGAUUUAUUUUAUUUUACUUAAUAUAUUUCAUGAAAGAGAGAGAGAGAGAUAGAAACCGUUUACCCAGUCUUACCAUGCUAUGGUCUUCCCCUCCAUAUUGCAGCUAUCAGGAUCACAGACACACACAUGGAUGUGCUUGGUGUGUUUGGGUCAACUUGGGAUCCAAACCUGGGCUGCCUUUGUGGUACUGGCCUCUCACAGUGGUGCCUUACCACCUGCACCACCACAGCUGGGCCUGAUUUGGGUUUUAUUAAAACCUAUUUUUCUUCUUUAUCAUCCAUUUUCAUUGCUAUUUCUUAAAAAUACAGGUACUAUUUUGGGAGCUGAGGAUAUAGCCAGGAACAAAUUCAGUUGUUUAUAUUUUACCUAAAAGUAUUUAAAAAAUCUUGUUAAGCCAUGUUAAUAUAAAAUUAUAUAAUAGCCUUAAAUUAAAUGUAAACUUUUAAUUAAAGUUUUAAAAUGUAUAGCAUAUGUCUUUAGUAGAGAACCUUUGAUUUGUAGGUAGAUAGUCAGCAAAAGCAGUCUCUUUUAUGGAAAGGAAGAAGGAUUGAUGGGACCUUAACUUCUUCAGAGCUGACAGUGUUUCUCAGGAUUGAUCUAGUAGUCUAUGUAAAUUGAAAUUUUCUGUGGUAUAUUAUAAUUGUCUGGUAUUAUAGAAGCUAAACAUUUUUCUUCUUUUUAAAAAUUUGUUUAAUUGCCAGAGGGCAUGUACUUGCAAGAGAAAUGGGGUAGGGGGAGGCAUUCCACCAAUAGAGCAUGAUUAUGCCACCCUAAUUCCUUCCCUGCCAUUUUCCCAUCCUGUUGGGAUUUGGAGCAUAUAUAUGCAUGUGUGCCUGGUGUGUUUUUCAAUCUUCUAGGGCCAGGCCUCAAACUGUAGUCAGACAUAGGAGAUUUAGCUCCCUUAACCACAAGGUUUACUCCCCCUCCCCCAUUCCUUGAAAAUUUAUAUGCUCUUCUUAAGAAAAUCAUGUGAACAAUAGAGAUGAUAAUCUGAGCAGUCUAUAUGCUUUGUUGGCUUCUUUUAAAAAUAAGGAAUACUAUUUUUAUAGACGCUUAAAAUUCAUGAAACACUUCCAGAAACAUUAUCUCAUGUAAUUCUCAACCCAUAGUAAAAGUUAAAGAAAAAUUUUAAAGAAGACAAAUGACUUGACUAACAUUACAAUUAGUAACCUAGUCUUUUGAAUUAAAGCCCAGUAAUAUAUGCUAUAUAUCUUUUGUUUUACUUAGUCAUUAGUUUACAGAUUUCUCCAGACAUGAAGUAAGGAGGGAAAAUCACUGUCUUAUCUUUUUCUUUUGAAGGUGAUUAUUAUACUUUUAGUAUUGUAUGUAUGUGUGAUAUAUAUGUUACCAUGUGUGUAUUCAAACUACUAAUACUUCAAGAUAGUGAGACAGUUUUUAUUUGAUUAAGUCAUCCUUAAACUAUUUGGCAGUGUGAGAAAUAGAAAAAUAAAUCUAUAAUAAGCUUUGGAGGAUUUUUUAAAUGACCAUAAAUCAGAAAUAAAGGUGUCACAUCUUAAAAAAAUUUGUUAUUAAAUCUCUAGCAGAGAGAUGUUAAUGAUCUGAGAGCAGAAAUGGUAAUUGUGUCUGGCAUUUUAUUUUUUGUAUUUGCUUUUAGUUUUGGUUUUAGGUGUUUUUUUCCUUUGUUUUCAAUUGACACAUAAAAAUUGUAUAUAGUUGUGUAUAACAUGAUGUUUUGAUAUAUGGAUACAUUGUGGAAUGGUGAAAUCAAGCUAUUAACAUGAGGAUUACUUCCCAUGCUUACUUUUUGUGGUAAAAACACUUAAAGUCUACUCUUUUCGCAAUUUUCAAGUGUACAGUAUAUUGCUAAUAACUAUUGUCACCAUUAUGUGCAAUAUAUCUCUUAAACUUAGUUCUUCUAACUGAAAUUUUGUGCUUUUGAUCAAUAUUUUCCAACUCUCUUCAACCCCCAGCCUUUGGUAACUCUGUUCUCUGAGUUUGACUUUUUUGCACUCCACAUACUCAUGUAAGUGAGAUCAUGCAGUAUUUGUUACCCUGUGUGUGGCUUAUUUUACUUAAAGUAAUAUCCAGAAGAUUCAUACAUAUUACUGAGAAAAGGCAGGCGUGUUUUUCAAGCUAAUGGAACCUAGACUGAAACCAUCGGCUAUAGAGGAUCUGGCUCUUGAUGUAUAGGGCCUAACCACUGUGCUACAGGGCCCUUAUGUCUUCUGUUAUUUUUAUGAUUUGUGGUCUUAUGCAUAAGUCUUCAAUCCAGUUUAAUUUAUUUUUGUAUGUAGGGUGAGAUGAGAAUCUUAAUUUUAUUCUUUUGUGUCUGAAUAGCCAAUUUUCCUAGCACCAUUUAUUGAGAUUUUCCUUUUCUCUUUGUAUGUUCUUAGCACCUUUGUUAAAGAUCAAUUGGCCAUGAAUACAUGAGUUUUCAGGGCUCUCUGUUCUGUUAAAUUGAUCUAUGUGUUUUUAUGUCAGUACCAUGCUAUUUUGAAUACUGUACCUUUAUAGUGGAUCUUUCUGAGCUUUGCUUUUUAAUUUCAUGUAUGUCAAAAGCAUUUUGGGGGUAUCUUGUGUUCUUCUUUUCUUUUCUUAUCCCUAUCCUAGUAUUUCAAAAUGACAUGUGAUGAACAUUAUUUUUAGUUAAGCCAAGUAUGAGAGUCUAUGUAUGAUCAUAGAAAAAUCAUAUGUCGGAAAAACUUCCUAGAUAUUCCUUCCUCUGUUUUUAAUUGUUGUUACUCUGUGCACCUUAGUAUGGGAAUUAUAGUCUAACAUAUUUUUAUUAACCUACAAGGCAUUUUACAUCUCAGUGAAUGGCACUACCAUUAACUUGUUUCCCAAACUGGCAACCUAGAAGUCGUCGUAUGCCACCUUUCUCUCCCUGUCAGUUCAUCACUAAGUCCUGUCAUUUUACCAUGUAAACAUCUCUCAAAUUUGUGUUUCUUUCUGCUUCUCACCACUCCCUAAUCUAAACUAUCAUCAUCACCUUUACCAUGCAGGCUGCAGUUAUCUCUUAACGAGUCUUCCUAAAUCUAUUUGGCCCUCCUCAAGCUCAUUCUAUAUUGCAGGCAAAAUUUUCUUUUUUGUUUAAAAUGCAGUUUUAUUCAAGACAACCCACCUACUACACUCUCUCCCCUAACUUAAAC